AUGUCGCAUCCGUCUCCCAUCAAAGCAGCCCCUCAUAUACUGCAGCUGCUCUCCCAGCUUCAUCAAAUAUCGCUCGAACAAGAAGCCAGUAUUUCGCAGAAAGGCAAAGUGUUCUCUUCGGAUAUACUAGAUGAUCUAGAGGACAAGAAGUCAAAGACCAACCCAAAAGAUGACUUCGACCGUCUCAUGCUGGACAAAUUCAUCGCCUUGGACGAAGAUAAAUGCCAAUUUACUUAUCAACUGAUCAAUUCUAUGGGUGCCACAAACAUUGUCGAGGCAGGAACCAGUUUCGGAGUCAGCACAAUUUACCUGGCUCUUGCUGUCGCCCAAACUAAAUCCGCAACUGGCAAAUCUGGAAUUGUGAUCGCAACGGAAAAGGAGAAGGAAAAGGCCGCAAUCGCCAGAAAGUACUGGGCGCAAUGUGGCAAAGAAGUGGAGCAGGAGAUUGACUUAAGAGAGGGUGAUCUGCUUGAAACGUUGGCAGAUGGAUUGCCUCAAAUUGACCUCCUCCUGCUUGAUAUCUGGUCGGCACUGUCUCUCCCGACUCUCAAGACCGUGUUACCCCGUCUUCGUCCGGGUGCUGUUGUGCUCACUGAUAACACAAUUUCGGGAGUGAAGGGCUAUGCAGACUUGCUGGCCUUUUUGGGAGCACCUGAGAAUGGGUUCCAGAAUAUGACUCUUCCAUUUACCAAUGGGUUUGAGAUGAGUGUUUAUCGACCAGAGUAA